AUGCCUCUAAAGAACAGUACCACCCAAGUCGUCACCGACGUGACCCUCAGUGGUAUCAACGGUAUCAACCGCACUCACCACGAUGCUGAGAACGACGCGCACAAAGAGGAGGGGUUGAGGGUAAUAAUAUGCGGGGCAGGUAUUGGAGGCUUGACUGCUGCCAUCUCCUUGCGACGACAAGGCCAUCAAGUCGAUGUGUAUGAACAGUCCCUGCUUGCGAACGAGAUCGGCGCUGCUAUUCAUAUGGCACCAAAUGCAACCGGCGUUUUGGAACAUCUUGGAGUCGAUCCAAGGGAUAGUGGUGCUAUUCUUUUGAUUCAGACGAGAUUCUUCUCGGCCAACAAUGAACUGUUGGCUGUGACGAAAAACAUCGAGUCCGCCCACAAGUGGCAAAAUUCUUGGCUCAUGGCUCACAGAGCUCACUUGCAUAACCAGCUCAAAGAAGCCGCGAUUUCGAGUCAAGGAGAAGGGAAACCAGCUAGGAUACAUACUUCCUCGCGUGUGCUGUCGGUUGAUGCGCAGACCGCGACAAUGACUCUUGAAGACGGUACUUCCCACGCAGCAGAUGUUGUGAUAGGGGCCGACGGCGUUCAUUCGAAAACGCGUAAAUUUCUCACUCCAGAUGCUACGCCAGAGGCAAUAAGAGGAAGCCAUAGUGCGUUUCGCUUCAUCAUCGAACGAGAAGCCGUGUUGCAAGAUCCAGACAUAAAGUCCUUUGCAGAAACUAAGGGAUCAAUGGACAUGUGGUACUCAUCCGACCGAAAAAUUGUCUUGUACCCGACGACCUACAACCAACUACUUAACUUUGUUUGCAUACACCCAGCUGAACUUUCGGCUAGGUCGCUGUCUAAAGGCACCGACGGCUUCACAACUGCUGCAUCAAAAACUACUUUGCUGGAAGUAUACAACGACUUCCACCCUGGGCUACGAAAGUUAUUGGAAAUGGCUGACCCUGCAACAAUAAAAGUCUAUCCAUUGUUCGACAUGGAGAACCUCCCAACAUUUGUUUCCGGACGUCUUGCACUGCUUGGCGAUUCGGCGCACCCUUUCACCCCUCACUUGGCACAAGGAGGUGCCAUGGCUAUCGAAGACGGCGCUUCCCUAGGCGUUUUCCUUGACAAAUCUGUCACUCCUUUCGAGGUGCCCGAGCGACUUCAAUUAUACAACCUGGCUCGUUACAAACGAGCAUCAAGGAUACAGGAGUACAGUCGUCAAGUAGGUGGUGAUGGAACCGCUAAAGAUGGCAAAAGCAACUCGCAAUUCAAAGUUCACGAAUACAUUGAACACGCCUUGAGCCACCAUGAAAUUCACGCUUCUACUCAAAUACUUAGGGAACACAAAUGGAAGCAGCAUGCCCAUCGGUGGAGGCAGCCAAUCGUCUUUGGCCCUCUACCUGGUCCGCGACAAGAUGCCUAUGGGAAUUCACACCGCCAGUCCUUGCGCCAGUCAACAACAACAAAAGCCGUGGUCAAAUUCAAGACCAGUGCCACUCUACUCCGCGGCAUCUUUCCAAACAGCAAAUAUUUCUUCGAGAGACCUGAUACUGUAGCAACAGCGUCCUACUCGAUUGAAACACUGGAAAACAUGGCAUGGUUAGGUGGAGGUGGGUAUACCUUACUGGCCUUAUACGUCCAUGGUGUCAAUUACAGAGAAGACAAUGGCCGGGUUCGCAAGGGUGUAUACUGCCCGAUAAUGUUGGAAAACCUCACCGACCCGAUUCUUACCGGACGAGAAGAACUAGGCGUAUCAAAAAUGUUUUCUGACAUCGAUAUCACUCGAAGCAAUGAGUCCUCGUUUGUCGCUAAAGCGUCCUGGAGGGGUGCCGUUUGGGGGGAGUUCGAAUGGAAGAAUCUGCAGAAAAACGAGGCCAGUACCGUACAAACAGAAGGCGAGAGUGAAGGACUUCUACUGCACAAGUACAUUCCAGGCACCGGGAGCGACAAACCGGACGCCGACUACGACGUUCUUCUAGUGAACGAUCUAGAAAAGUCAUCAGUACAGUCUUUUCAGACUGCCAGCCCAGCCGAUGUCCGAUUCAAAAUCAACAAACUUGGGUGGAAAGAACUGCCAACGCUGCACUCGGUCAUCAGCCACCUUGCGGAACUUCCUGUGUUGGAAGUCUUGGAAGGCAGCUUGACCAAGACGCAGGGAGUGACGGACUUGUCAAAUAUGCUGAGGUUAACUUAG